AUGGCUACUGAGAUGGACCUUUCCUCACUCUCCCUCUUCCCAGCCACUCCAGAACAAGUUCUGAUAUCUCGUAGGCGAACAUGGCCCCAAUGGGGUGGUAAACUGACAGAGGAACAAUAUCUCGAAAGGGACAGGCAGAUGGAUGCCAUGGAGCAUGCUUCACGUUCCAAGCUAAUAACAUGGGUCUUAGCGCCAAGAGACAACCCAACGACUCUGAACUUCAUGUGCUCCUGUGAGACCUUUCGUCGUCGUGGAUUAGUUCGGUACCUCGAAUCCAACGAACAACAGAGCGGGAUACAGGAAGUCACCUGCUACGGAAUAGCCAGCGUGUACACGCUACUUGACAAGCGAAGGAGGGGAUAUGCUUCGCAUAUGAUGCGACUCUUGCAUUGGGUACUAUCUGGUCGCGGCAAAGAUUAUAACCUACCUAAGUUCCCAGUGGAGUGGGGUCAACCACCCCCCGAAGUGGAAGAGGCCGGGAAGGGGCUAUUUUCUGCGUUAUACAAUGACAUUGGGGGGAAAUUCUACCAGACGGCUGGUCCUGGGCUCGUUGAUUCAAGCGGUUGGGAAGCGAGGGAUCCCAUCUCCACAGUCUGGGAAGUACCUCAAGAACCUUUCGCCUCGCAAUUUUGUUCAGGUUUCACGUGGCUCAAAUAUGAGGAUCUUGGCCGACUGUGGGCGAAGGAUGUCCAACUAAUCAAACGUUCCAUAGCGGACAUGCCAACCUCGGCAGGUUUGACUGCGCUUGUAUCCUUCCUACCCGAUGAGGGAGUCGCUUCUUUCCAGAUCAACCGCCCGAUUGUUGGAACUGAGAAAGACGUGUCUAUGGACGUUUGGGGGGUCGAAAAAGACCAUACAAGCACUGAUCGACCCACGUAUGCAGUGUGGUCAGUCGACACACAUCUCUCAGUCCCAACGCUUAUCGUGAUUUGCCUGCGUGCAACGGAGGAGACAUUCCCCGAUCUCAUUCACAUGAUCCAGGAGGCAGCUCGUAGGCAUGGGGUAUGGAAAAUGGAGAUCUGGAAUUUACCCGAACCUCUGAUGGGCCUUGCUGCACACUUCGGGGGGAAAACCUUUGAAAGAGACGAGCAUCUGCCGUUCAUUAAAUGGUACGGUAAAGGGGACACUGCUGAUAUCAAAUGGGUUUUCAAUGAGAAGUUCUGUUGGUGCUAA